AUGAACGGGAACAGCACAGCCCCCCGCCAACGGUAUCCCAAGGUCCCAUCGAGGAUCGAGGUCCCGCUCACCGAGCAAGUGGGCGACGAAGGCACUGUCGAAAUCGAUCUUACAGAUCUUCCCGAUGAUGUGGAUGAGCUAUCGAGUCUUCUAGAACAGGAGCAGGCAUCGCAUCCUUAUUGGAUCCUAUCUGCUCUAGCGUAUGCAAAGCAUCGAAAAGUCGACAAUGCGAUUGAGAUUUUAAAUUCAAGAGCACUAAACUCCGAGAAUAUCAAACGGAACCAGAAGGAAAUUCUGCCUAUCCAACUAUGUCUGCUAUGGCUGUAUCUACAGAAAACUAGGGAAGCUAUGAAGGCCUCAUACAAUCAGUCAGAGGCUACCGAAAGUACAAAAGAUCAUUUCCUUCAACAAGCCACGACACUCCUCAACAAUAUUGGACGAUACGAGGCUGAUCAUCCAGCAUACAACAUUGCUCGGGCGGUUUAUUCGUCACUCAAAGCGGCCGUUACAAACGUCAAGGCCGAGCGCGCAACAAACCUAGAGAAUGCACAUAGGAUAUACGACGAGGCUCUGAAACGGGCCAAUGGCUCGAAUAUGGUCGCUCUCAUGGGAAAAGCUAGGUGGUUGUUUAGUAAAGCGAGAUACGACAAGGCUCUGGAGUGCUACCAAGAAAUCCUGAGGAAGAAGCCGGAUAUGGAUCCGGAUCCGAGAAUUGGUAUUGGUUUGUGCUUUUGGAUGUUAAACUUCAAGGAUGAUGCUAAGAUGGCGUGGGAGAGAGCAUUGGAAUUGGAUCCGGAUUCCAAAGUUGCCAACCUUCUCGUGGGUAUUUACUACCUAAACUUCGUAUCUGGGCUUCCCGAAAGCGAUCCUGAGUUUAUCAAACACUACAAAAAGGGAAUGACGGAGUAUAUCGCUAAGGCCUACAAACUGGACAAGAACAUGGCGCUAGCAUGUACCCUCUUCGCCACCUAUUUCUUCUCAGUUGGGAACCUUGCGACCGCCGAAUCUUUGAGCAAGAAGGCAAUCGAAUUUACCGACGUCCCUCAAGUCGCUAGAGACGCACUUUAUCUGCUCGGUCGGAAAUAUCAAGAAGCAGGCGAAUACACACUUUCCCGCCAGUCGUAUGUCAGAAGCGAGAAUGCGAAGGAAGAUACGUAUCUGCCCAGUAAACUGGGAACUGGUCAGCUUAUGGUACUUCAGAAGGACUACACCGGGGCGAAACUAGCAUUUGAGGGCAUUCUUAAGACAUUCAACAAGUGCCUCGAGGCUAUGAUGGUGCUUGGGACGCUGUACGCUGAGGAAGUGUUUUUGGCUGAGACUCAAUCGGGCGUCAUUAGAGAUGAAAAGACUGAGGAACGCAAAAAAGCUAUUAGCUACCUGGAAACCGUCCGUUCGUCUUGGAAAGAUACCAAGAAAAACAUGAAGCCGAGUGUUUCUGUAUUACUUACACUUGCUCGUCUAUACGAGGUUGAUUCCCAGGACAAAUCACUCGCUUGCUUGCAACAGGUCGCCGAUUUAGAACGAGCGGCAUCUACGGAGGAAGAGCCAAUGCUCGCCCCUCAACUUCUCAACAACAUUGCAGUCUUCAAUUACAACAUGGGCAAAUGGGACGAGGCGCGCGAAAGUUUCCAAACCGCGCUCAGUAAUUGCGUCGCGAUGGGUGCUAAGGACGAAAGUUUGGAUACAGAUGCUUUAGUUACUACCCUCACUUACAACCUCGCCCGCCUAGAAGAAGCUGCUGGAAACACCGACGAAGCCGUCAAGUUUUAUGAAGGUCUUUUAGUCCGUCACGCAGACUACACUGAGGCUGCUAUGAGGCUUGCCUACAUUGCGCUCCGAAGGGGUGGCGAGGAAGGCCCGAAGAGACUCGAGGAACUCAUGAAAACGGAGGAUCAUAACUUAGAAGUGUGUGCUUUGUACGGAUACUACCUCUCCCGUAGGCCGAAGAAAUCUCCAUUGAACAUAGCAGAGGAUAAAGAACAGAGGCACUACAAGAGAACAUUGACAACCCACGACAAGCACGAUCGUUACUCUUUGACUGGAAUGGGAAAUCUCCAUCUCAUGACCGCGAGAGAGAUGAGAAGGGAUACCGACCAAGACAAAGAGAAGAAGAGAAAGAUGUACGAGCGAGCUGUUGAAUUUUUUGAUAAGGCACUUGUUUUGGAUCCGAAGAAUGCCUAUGCUGCUCAAGGUGUUGCUAUUGCCAUGAUUGAAGACAAGAAGGACUACAGUACUGGCGUUGGCAUAUUUGAGAAAGUAAAGGGCACUUUGAAGGAGGCUUCCGUGCAUAUCAAUCUCGGCCAUAGCUUCGUUGAGAUCAAACAAUUCACCCGAGCCAUUGAAAAUUAUGAAAUCGCGAUCAACCAGUACAGAGCCGACCGGGAUCCGUGGACUAUAACAUCGCUUGCAAGGGCAUGGUAUCUCAAGGGCAAAGUUGAGAAGAGUCUACCCCAGCUUAACACUGCGUUAGAACAUUCGAAAAAGGCAUUGAGUCUAUCGCCUGAUCAUCCCAUUUUCAUGUUCAACGUUGCAUAUCUUCAAUCCCAGAUUGGCCAGGUUGUGCACGAGCUACCCAAGCAUCAACGAACAUCCGACGAAAUCAAAGCUAGUUUAGAUGGCGUUGAAGAAGCCAUCAAGACAUUCUCUGCGGUCGCAAAGUCCAAGAACCCACCCUACCCCGCUAGUGACAUCGAAGUCCGUGUUACCAUGAACAAGAACACCAUCCGUCGUCAGCUAGCAGCCGAUCUCGAAGAGCAAUUGAAAUACGAGGAGUUGCAUGCUUCGAAGAUCGCUGAAGCUAAGCGGAAGCGUGAGGCAGAGAUUACCAAGCGUGCUGAAGAGCAUGCUAAAUUAGAAGCUGAGAAGGCAGAGAAACAAAAGAGACUUGCAGAGGAACGAAGGCUUAUGCAAGAGCAAGCCAGAGAAUGGCAGGAUAAGAGAGAAGAAGAAGAAAGGGCCAGGAUGGUUGCAGUUGAUGACUAUGACUCAGACGGCAAUAAGAGAAAGAGGACUAGAAGGGAACCGAGAGAACCGAAGGAGCCUAGGCAGAAGAGGGAGCGGAGCGAGCGAAAGUCUCGGAAGAAGAAGGGCGAUGAUGACGGAGAAGAGGCUGAGACUGGAAAAGUUAGCAAGAAGCGACGACUUACAAAAGGCGGCAAAUCUGCACUUUCUAAGGAAAUCAUUUCUGAUAGUGACGAGGGCCUCAGCGAUCUUGAAGCAAAUAUACGAGAUGAGUCUGAAUCUCGAAAGGGUAGCGCUACCCCGCCGCCAAGCACUAAGAAAGGAAAACCUGUGAAGAGCGCAGCUGUUAUCAGUGAUGAUGAUGACCUCUCUGAUGUUCCGGAUGACGAUGGUGAUGAUGCGCCGGCGGCUCCAAGGCGUCGGGUUGUCGUUGACAGUGAUGAAGAUGAAGAGAUGGCUGAUGCUGGUGCUGGUGCUGCAAAGUCUGGGAAACCGGCUGUUGUGAGCGAUGACGACGACGAAUAG